UUAGAAUAUAAUGAAUCAUAAUUUAUUUACUGAAAACAGGGGAGAUCAAAAAAUUUCUGUUCAAAGUAAUCCUAUAGAGAAGAUUAUCUAAAUCCACCAAAUCUCUACACCGCCAAUGCUGCUAUUCAAUUCCUCUCUCUUAUGUACAUCUUCUUCUUCCCUAACAACGGUUACUCUCUCUCCAUCAACAUCACCAACCUCUAAACCCCUUAACCUGCGCACACACCCCCUUAUCCUGCGCCACUAUUUCCAACGGCCACUCCCUUCCUCUUCCCUCAUCACCAGAACCACCUUCACGCGCGUUCUCGGAGAGUCACUCACACAGCAGCACGUGUACCCUGACCCAAUCCCCGAAUUCGCUGAAUGUGAGACACGCAAAUUCAAAGUUCAGCUCUCGCAGAAGCUUUCGGAGGAUGUAGACGAGUUCGGGGAUGGACUUGAUGCGGUUGUUGACGUUUGUGCUCAGAUAUUCAGCAAGUUUUUGCACCAGGAGUAUGGAGGUCCUGGUACAUUGUUGGUGACGCCAUUCACGGAUAUGUUGGUUGCUUUAAAAAAGAAGAAACUACCAGGAGCAUCUCUGGCUGCUAGAGCAUCAUUAUUAUGGGCACAAAAUCAUGUUGAUGAAGAUUGGAAAGUUUGGAACUCAAAAUUAAAAUGAAUUGUAUUUUCACAUUUAUCUCUCUUUUUUACAAUGUAGAGAUUCAUCAUUUGCUUGUAACAUUUUUAUACCUCAACUGUAACAAUAAAAAGAACUUCUAAUAGAUUUUGAUUUUGCAUUCA